ACCUGUACCUUGAGAUGGAAGUUGCAAUGCAUCAGCUUUUACACUGGCAAGCUAAUACUGCAGCACAUAUAUACAAAAAAACAACAAAAUAAACCAUUGUACCCUUGGGGGGAGUUGUUAACGUCAAGUUCAGUAAGGAAAAAAUGGAACACUGGAUAAACAGUCUGUAAAAUGAUGGUAUUUAUUUGUUUCUUAACCUUGAAGUCAUCUAUCAUCCUGUUUUCAAAAGCCCAACAACUUCUACAACCACCUUGUUUCUUCCUAAGUAAUUCUGAGUGACUGUGCACGGUGCAGGCGAGCAGAGCUCUGUCACAGAUGUUCCUGCUGUGAUGGCUAAGCUCUGAUCUGUGCUUCAACCUUUUGAUGGAUCUCUGCUCACAGAGCACCUGCAGCUCCAUCCCACCUGCACGCGUGUGCUUUUGCUGUGCUCUGCCUUCCUGCUUCCUUCUGCCGCUUGGGCAGAACCCCAGGGAGCAGGGCAGGUGUCAAUACUUGUUUUACAGCUGUGUGAAUCUUCUUUACACUCUGAUUUAUCUGCUUGUUUCUGCUUUUUUUUUUUUUUUUCCUUCACUCUCUCUCCCCUUAUCUAUGACUGGAAAAGCUUUCCAGUAGCAGUGAAGAAAGCUACGUAUCAUGUAUUCAAAGGAAGUUAACAGUGAGCGCGGUGUCUGUGCACGGAUAAGGCACGUAACCGGUUCUCCACGUGCCAGUCAUACAGCGGGGCCAGCCGCCGCUCCGCCUCCUUCAACGGGCGCAGCGCAGCCGGGCGCAGCUCUGAGGGGCCGAGCAGGGCGGGCACGCACCUGAGGCGCGAGGACAGAACUCCGCUCGUGGCCGCUGACUCAGCGCUGCCCGGCCGCCGCGGUGGGAUCCUGCGGGGUGGGAAGCGGGGUAGGGCCGGCUCGUUUCUACCGUGCGGGGAGAGGGAGAAGAAGAAGAAGAAGAAGAGGAGGAGGGGCCGCCAGCGUGGAGCUGCCCGAUGUACGCCGCGUUCUGCCUGCUUGCGCAUACCGGCCCCGUGCAGCCCCAUGCGGCAGGGACCGUCAGAGCCGUUGAGGUGUUACCUCCUGCUGUGUGUCCUCCAUCUUUGUCCGGUUCCUUAGGGCUGCUGGGAGCUCUGGUCCUCUUAUACAACACCUCACACGAGGUGAUGGCUGCCACUCUGGAGCACACAGGCUCUGAGGAGGAACAGCCUCUUAACAAGAAGGAAACUAUGACCUGGAAACCCAGAGACGUUAAGCCUAAAAUAUUAGGGCAAACUAAAGCAGAUGAAUGUUUGCUGAAGAAUGUCCUGUGUGUUCUUGAUAGUGACUCUGAAGGAAGUGAAUUCUCUGAUAUCUCUGCAUGUGAAGAUGAUGUCAGUCUGCAUACAAACACUGACGUGGAAGACUUGUGUGGUGAACUCUCUCGUAUGUCUGAGGAUGCAACGUUCCCUCAGCAGCCAGCUGCUUUGACAUAUGAGAUGGAGGACUGGGAUAAAGAGUUGGAGGAGUCUGAAUGUAGUCCUUAUGAUGCUGGUGAUCUCUACUGCGGAAGCUUUCAGGAAAAUAACCUUUUGGCCUCAUACUCAUUUCGAGAGGAUUCAUUGUACAACCCGUGCUGUCACCAUGCAGCUUGCCUUGCUUUUACCCUGCCAGUUAGAAUGACUGAGGUUGGCCAGUUUGAUGAUGCUGAUGAAUGAGGUCAGAACUAAGUUUGGUUUCUGAGUUGGAUUGUUCUUCGUGACUGAGUUGCAGGUGCUAGCUGUAAGCUGCUAGUGCACUUCUGGACUAUUUUCUGUUUGUGUUACAUAGAUCUGUGUUGCUAAUUCAUUGUUUGGGAGGAAGUAUGUAAUUUCUAAUCUUACCUUGAUUGCAAAGUGUUGCCAAUUUUGGUAUGUUUGGUACUUGCAUGCCUGGACACUUAACCUGUAAUUGUCUUUCAUUUGUUAUGGAAUUGGUCUUAAAAACUCUUCCUCCUUCUUCUCUGUUGUACUCUGUUGUACUUCUGUGUUGCAGUUUGUGUCUCCACAUUAGUCCUGAGAAAACUAGAUGUGACAAUACAAAAUGAGUUCUUCUGGUUUGAUGUGUUUCAGUACAAAGGAAUUUGCAAAAUGUCAUGUAUGUAACACCUGUAAGCAUCUAUUUGGGGUUCUGUUUCCUAUAGCCAUGCUGGGUGUUUGUCAGCCUCCCAGAAAAGGUUUCUGCACAUCAGACCUUGUGCUCAGGUGUAUUGUCUUCCAGUCUCACAGUAGUCUGGUGUUGUGUGAGGAUGUUUAAAGACAUGUAACAACAAAGAAAAUAUGCUUAUGUGAUCUCAGUGUGUCCUGCAAACAGUAGUGAAUUGAGAUUCGUGAUAUUACUGAUACUUUGUUAUUUCUGUGUUGACAAAUGAGGAAAUGAGAACACAAAAUAUUUCCAUAAAGUUUCCAAGAGAAUAGCUGGAACUGGAACUAUAUUCUUUUUGCCUCUGCUUUGGAAUUAAAGGAAAUGUUCUCAAAUGAAAAAUGGAAGCGGUUUGAAUGACUGACUACUUAGAAAAACAGCCUCUUGUUGCUCAUAUUUCUUUAAUCACUUCUCAAGAACAUUUUGAUGACUUUUUUGACACUGAAGCACUGUACCCUUAUUUAUCCUCAGGGGAGGAGUUAACACAAAUGGAAGACUUUUCUUAAACUGUCUAGUGUAUGAGACUAACUUAUGUAUUAGCAUGGGAGGAGGAAAUGAGUGAGAGUAACAUUUGUUCAAUCUUUUCUUUGAGAGCAGAGAAAACAAGAGCUCAGAUGAGUCUUUUUUUUCUGGUACAUGGGAGUCCCCAGUUAAAUCUGAGUAUGUAGCGAAGAACCAAAGUAAAGAGCAGAAGCUGGCUGGUGAUUCUGUAGCUGAGGGUCUGUUCUUUUAUUCCAGUAUGAUGGAGUCCUCCAAGAAGUCAUAUUUCUGUCAAGACUUAAUUUGGCGUGCCUCCAGGACACAUGCAUUACACAGAAGACACAGUCUGACAGUUUGUCCUUCCCUUGAACAGAAGGAAAGCCCUAGCUGUGCUGUGGAAUUGGUGGUAUUUCUCUUUUGUGGGCUGCUGUGUGAUCAGCUGCUCUUUGAGAGGAGUUCUGCAUUAGCUAGAACAAAUGGUUGCCCCUGUGGAACAGGAAUGAGACUUGCCUGGGUUUGGAUACAUAGCGAUUUUUUUCUAAACUAAACAAGAAUAAAACUCUAAGUGUGGCUGUGCCUCAUUCAAUUCAAUAUUAAUAAAUACGAAUCAAGCACAGAUUAGUAAGGUAAGGAUAUAUCAGUAAAUUGUAAAAGUUUACUUUGUGAUCCUUUUUUAUCAGUUCCCCAGGCCUCAGCUGUAGAUGUUAAUGCUACCCUGCAGAGGGCAGCAAAAAAUGGUUUAUUCUGUUCAGUGUCUUUAUCUGGUAUAAAGUUUCACCAGCCAGUGUCAGAUCCUUAGGCUGGAUUUCUAAGCCCUGUUAUCCCUCAGUGAGACUGAUUAAUGGCCCUAAUUAGCUUCUCAUUUUCUGUUUUGCUCUGAAGUUAUACUUAGUAGAUGGAAAAUUUCUCCCAUGGCUGAGAAAACAUCACUUGACUGGCUUUGUAUUUACUGUGCUUGUGAAUCCCAUCAGGAUUAAUCAAGAUGAGGCCAACAGAAAUCAGUGGAAGCAAAGCCACCUUCCUCAGAGUUGGCUUAAAAGGAUAACCAAGAAGUUGUUAUUAACAUAGAUGAGGUUGGUUUUAAUUCCUGUAUGAUUCUAAAAUUUUACCUUUAAUUGGAAUCAGCCUCAUCUUACUGGACUCUCAUUAUUUGAGAAGAAAUUAGUUGUCCUGAAGGGCUGCCCUGCUAAGCUGUAUUUUAAAUGAUUGUAAACUUGAAAGGAAAACUGAAAACAGAUACUUUAGGUUAAAGCUGAGAUCACUUCUAUGAGCCUUGCAAAAAAUGACAUUUGGGUUGUACAGCAGAGGAGCACUGUUCUCUCUAGGAGUAUGUUGAUAAACCUAGUUUUAUUCAUCUUGGCUAUGCUUGUUAGGGAAAGGACUGAAUGUAAGGUUUGAUCUGAACACUCUCAAACUUCAGUGGGAUUAGAAAACUAGAUGCAGACUUCUGAGAAAGCUUCUCCUUGGAAGGAUUUAAAACCAAGCUCAUGGAUCCCGGUGUUUUUGCACUACAGUGUUUCAGCUGCCGUUGUGCUUCUUUGCACCGAGUCUGUUGUGUUGACACAAACAUGCCAUGCUAUACAAGAAUACUUGGCAAAUAAACCAUUGUAAAACGACGUUUGAACCAAGAGUUCAAACUAAGAGCAUCGACCCUUCAGUCUGCUCAUAUUAUUUGAGGUAAAAACGUUCCAUUGCAGGGCGUACAAGGGACACGUUGACAGUACAUAGGUCUAUUUGAAAAUUAUUUGAAAAUCAGAUUUCUCAGUUAUGUGCACAUAUUUUUAAGUAACUUUUAGGGAUAAUGGUGGUAGACUGGAACUUUGCACAGUACUUUAGCUGAAGUAAUUCCUAGGCUAGAUGGGCAGUCACUGAAAGCCAGUGCAAUUAGAAGCCAAUUCAUAUUGAGGCAUUUGGCACGACUUAAUACCGAACUGAUGGUGUCUCAGGGUGAAUUCUCUGCAAGGAAUCAGAGACUGAACUCCAGAAGUUCUUUUUUUUUUUUUUUUCUUUUUUUUUUUUUUUUUGUCAGAAGAGAAGUAUGCUAAGUUUUUGGUCCAGAUAUUACAUACCACUAAAAGGACAAUAGCAGAAGACUUGAGAACCGUAUGUGCUCCAAAAUGGCACCUUUUGUGAAGGCAAAAGGAUAACAAGGAAUGCCUGGAGUUUAUGCUGUGCAGACCUGUUACUUUUUUCUGCCUAAAGCCAGAGAAUUUUCUAUGGUUCCAGUUGCUGUGUUUGUUGCAUCUUACUAAAUUGUGCUGGACCUUAUAUAAAAAGUAUCUGAUUUUUGCAUUGCAGUUUAGAAUGUGUUUUAAAACUUGCCUGGGGAAAGGGAGGAGGGUGUAGGGGUGAAACUAAUAUAGCUUCUAUUUUAAACUUGUAAUGGCUACUUGUCAUAGGGAUCCCUUUGGUCAUGUGGCCUAAACCUCAGUCCUUCAGGAUACAGCCAGGCAGUUCUUGUGGCAAAACAGAAUCUUCCUUGGGAGCUUUGUACGUCCUAAAAGCUUCACAUGCAAAUUAAAGCUAUAAAUACAGAAUUAAAAAUAUAAAUGUGAAAAUAUGAUGCAAAAUAGUACCUGGAGUGCCCCGCAGCUUGAAGAAACUCAGUGGAUGGGGAGAAUAGGCCUGGUGCUGAAUUUCGAACAGUAGCCAAUGAAUCAGUACAGGGUUUGGGUCCUUAAGGAAGCAAAUGUGGGUGUUUAUCACAGGGUGCAACCUUCUGCUGGGCACGGGGCUGGGCUGGAGAAGGGAGACAUGAGAUGAUGAUUGAUUCUCAGAGGUGUUUUUGUACUCUGCUACUUUCAAGGAAGAGUCAAUAAAUCAGGGAAGCGUUGUGCUGAAGAACGUAUAAAUGAAGAUUGCAGGUUUGGUUUCAGUUGCAGUUCGCUCAUUAUGUCACAGUCUGAAACUGGACAAACAGUAAUCUGAAAUGAAUGCACAGUGGUGGAGCCUGUGAAUACUGCAGUGCUAAUUCAGAAGUCAUGGCUGCUCUCUGGUCUGGUGUCAGUGCUGGAUUUGUUAGUACAGUAAUUCCCUUUGCUCUCAAUGCUACGUUUAACAGUACUGUGUGCUAUGUUCUUCUAACAGGCUGCCACUCUCCUGGUUUGAAUCAUUUUUUACCUUUUAGUUUCAUUAGUUUUUGACUGCGGAUAUUAAAAUCAAAACAUGCAAGAUCUGACAGAUCUGUUUUUCACAGGACUUUUGAUCACAUUUAAGAUUGGUUGUGAUUGAGAGAUUUCAGGAUUUUUGAAAUUGCUGUUUAUUUUCAAGCUUUUUGCAGAGUGCGUUAUUUAUGGGAGGAAUGCAGUUUAUUUUUCAGUGGUGGAGCAUGUCUCCAUGCCUGAACGCUUAAUCCAGCUCACUAAUAAUAAACAGCAUGUUUCUUAUUGCUCAGCAGCCUUAUCUUCUACAGUGAAUUUGAGAAAGUCUUUUGCAGGUGUCCUGAUGAAGAUAUUCUGCCAUGGCUCAUUGCUACUUUUAUUCACUAAUAUUCUGCCCAUACAGCAAAUAGUUUUAAGGUAAUGUGGACAUUGAACAGGAUUUGGAAGACAAAAUAUUUAACUACUUUCAACAGUGUUUGAGUCAGUCACUGCAGACCGCUGCCUGUGAAAUAAAUAACUGUGAAUGCUCUUUUUAAGAAGAAAUAAGUUGUCAAGGGCAAUAAUAGCAGAAGUUGAAACCACUUGGUGAAUUUUCUUUGUCAAGACUGAUGUGAAAAUGAUGUUUGAAAGGUAGCUGUUGAAGGGUGCUUUAGAGGCCACUGCCAGUAAACAUGAAUAGCUUCAUGUACUGAAAAGCCUGGAUCUGCUGGAAAAAUGCCUUGAAUGCUGGCCUAUGAUUUACCAAAUUUACUAUCUAUUAAAAUUUACAGUGGAAUGUAUGUUGCUAUGGCUACCAAAGCUUCUCUAGUUCCAGAAUGGCAGCGCAUCUCAUUUCAAAAGAGGAUCUUUGUUUUUCAUCUCCUUUCACUGUAAUCAAAUGGAACUUUAAAAAAUAGUUUUAAUUUUCAUGACUUGUAGAACUUGUUGCCAUGAGGAAUCUGAAAAGCCAGAAAUACAGCUGUUCCCAAGACAUAUGCUUGUGUUUUACAACACUUUUGAAUUAAAUCUCAUUAGAUCUAGUAGAUCUGUACUGUUGGCAGAGGUGGCCAACACUUGGCUGGGAAGAAAUGUCUCACACAGCCCACCAAGUGUGUCUUAACUUUGAACUGUAACUACUGUGGGUCUCUUUUGUGUGUUACUAAGAGUAUGCAUGUCUGUGUUUAUUAGCCAGUUGGCUUAUGUGCCCUUGUACUUGUUGACUAGCAAAUGAAAAAGUUAAGAAGGAAUGACUGUUAUGGUGCAGAAAUGCCAUUAUUAUUCUGUUGGGGUU